AUGAGCCACACUAGAAGCUCCAUGGUUCUUGCAACUUUUGUGCUUCUGUUAGUGAUGUCAGGUUUGGAGGUGCAAGGCCAAACCUCUACUUGUGGUGUUACCUUCUUUGCAUCAAUAAUUCAGCUAAUACCUUGUAGACCAGCUGUGGUUCCUUUUAGCCCCAUCCCACCAAGUGAGACUUGCUGCACUGCACUCAAAGCUCUAGGCCAGCCCUGCCUCUGCACUCUCGUCAGCGGCCCUCCGAUCUCUGGCGUUGAUCGCAACAUGGCAAUGCAGCUCCCCGAUAAGUGCAAUGCCAACUUUGAACCAUGCUCGAUUAUGAAUUAG